CAAGAACUGUCUUGAUAUAUGCCCAAUAUAGACAAUGUCAGAAGCGGAAGCAAAUGCUGUAGAAAGUGUUGAUAACGAUUUUGAAUCCCCUCCAACGGUGUUUCAAUGUAAAAACUGUCUUCAAAUUGUAGGCGAUUCCAAUGCAUGGGUGAUAUCGCAUCGUGAAAUGAAUAGCUUUACAUUGAGUGACUUAGCAGAAAAUACUUUCGAUAUUGAAGAGCUUUUAAGGACUUCAGACGAUGGCCUUUGCGUAUAUUCCGGAAUUAAGUGUACAAAGUGCAAUACAGCUAUAGGUUGUAUAUUUCGUUCGACUCCUAGGUACUUGGACGAUAUAAGAGAUAUGUACACUCUCACAAUGGAUAAAAUAUCGGCCUAUGAAAUAGGUGCUAAAACUGUGAAUCCGGAAGGCUUAACACGGUACCAGGUAGACCUAGAGAUUAAAGAAGAUAUAUUGAAGCUGAAAUCCUUCUGUCUAUCUUUGUUUGAGAAAUGUCAAUCACAUUCAGAGUCUAUUGAAUCUAUCUGGGAUAUUAUAAAGCAACUGCCAUUAGAAACGAAGGCGGACCGUGAUCUUUCACCAAAACAAGCAAAAAGAGGAAUUAAGCGGACUCGAAAAUAG